CUCUCUGUCCAUGUGUCUGUACUGUAUGUCAUACUAACCUCUAUGUGUUCAUCUCUGUCUGUAUGAUGUUGUUACCAGGCUGUCUUAUCAAAAAUGUAUUGUUUCUUCUGUUUCCCAGCUUAUUAGCAUUCAUGAGUUCAUUUCUCCUUCAGGUUUUGAUGCUCUAGGAGACCUGUUGAAGCCUACGAUGCCCACACACACUGCACCUCUUCCUCCUCCUCAAAUGGCCAUCCAUCAUGGAGGAAAGCUGCUAGCCAACGACCUCGACUCCUCUCUGGCCAACCUCGUGGGCAAUCUGCAGUUUGGUGGGACCCCAGCCAAGAAGCCAGAGAUGCAGUGGAACCAGCCUGGAGAGAAGAAGCUGACGGGAGGCCAGAACUGGCAGAAUAAGACCAUGUCGACCACACAGUGGGGCCCUGCGCCCAUGGCCCCACAGCCCAUGCCUGUACAACACGUGGUAAGGAGACUGAUACACACACUGAACACUGUGGGAGGUUGAGUUUGCCUUGACGAACAUCCAUCAAGGUGUCCUGAAGUCCUGCAGAAAGCCUUAAUGGAUGAUUCCACUUAUUACAACUUGGGUCUUAUCAGUGAUGGUAACAGUUAACUAACCACAUUAACUGGUAAAAAUGGCAACAUAUAAAUAAGACAUUUGGCAGGUCAAAAACAAGAGCAGUCCACAACAUUUCCAACAUUUUGGUUGUGCUCACUUCCAGUGUUCCUCCCAAAUAAACUGGUUUCAAUAAUCUGAGUAAACUGCGGAGCUUGUUUACAAUCUGUCUGAUUGUCUCUGAAUGCUCAUGUUUUUUGCCCAUGUGACUUUCCAAGAUCUCAGACAUGAUGGCCAAAGCUAUGAAAAUAAGAGCCAAGUUGUAAUAGAGCAGAAUUAUCUUUAAUGAGGAUCCACCAAGGCAUCUGCAAGUCCUGGAAAUGUUUUGAAAACUGUUGUUUGGAGGCUGAAUUCUUGGCCUUCAAGAGUUAAAUUAAGUCUUAAACUAAUUCAUAAAUGUAUUUAAUAAAUUGUGGCUUAUUAUUCGUUGUAUUAAAGGAGCAGUUUGUCAUUUUGGGAAAUAUGCUUA